AUGCAUUUGAGAGUCAGCUUGUUACUUGUAUUCACUUGCUUCUUCAUCCAAACCAGUCCAGCAUCUCGGCUUCCGAAUCGAAAUUUACUCACCACUACUAGUACAGUACCUGGAGAAGAAACCAUCACAUGUAAUCAUCAAUCACCUCUGAUAAUGAAACGAGAAAGGAUCAUAGAAUUUAUUCAAUCGUUUUGUCUAGAAAUCAUGGGUGAAGAAUUCGGAGGAACUCAAGCUCAUCUGGGGAUGAAAGAAAUCUAUACGAUCAUCCCAAACCCCAUCAAUCCAAAAGAAGCCACUCAUCUGAUCUUAGAAACCAAUUGUGGAAGAUAUUUAACUAGACCAACAGAUGAAUGUAAUAUUGGUGAAGAAGAUAAACAAGGAGGAAUGGUCACUGAUGGAUGUUCGAUUUGGACAGCUAAGCCAAUUUGA